AUGGCAAAACAUGUCAUUGACUGUUCUGGGAUGUCGAGGUCCUACCGCUUACAUUUGGAUUCUAUCCAUAGGCUUCUAACUGCAGAGUCUAGUCCAGCGAAUUUUAUACUUGUCGUUGAGAAGCUAAUUGUUCUCGAAAGCUUAAUGGAAGAGAAUUUUUGUCAGAAAUAUCCCUAUGUUUUGGUUACCGGUUGUGGGCAGCCUGAUAUUCUAGUUUGCGCAUUAGUUGAUUUUAAUAGUUGUGAUUUUCAAAUCAUGAGAUCUUAUAAGGUUGGUUCAUUUAAACUAGCACAUGAGAGUUACAGAUUGACCGUUCCAAAUCUGAACUUUGUUGGGCUGUCCGGCAAGGAUUUAAAGGAACUUGGUAUUGCGAAUAGUAAGCUCACACACAUGGGUAAGAGAGAGUUACGCUUAGCAAGGUCGUUGAGAAGGGAGGCGUGGGUGGAAGAUGGAGAUGAUGUUUACAAUCCACUUUCGGAUAAUAUUGACUGA